AUGGCGACAAACAUCUCGUCAUGUCCAUCCGAGGUUCUACAUAUGAUCGCAUCUGCCGCAGAGUCUGCGGAUCUGGCUAAGCUACGUCUUGUCAGCAAACAGUGGUAUGACGUAUCGACUAAGCUCUUCGGACUUGCGAAACUCCGGCAUCCUCGUUUUGUUAUAUCGCCGUACAGCUUACAGGGUCUAGUCGACCUUACGGCACAUCCAAUACUAGGUCCUUGCGUUCAGUCAUUCGAGAUUGGACUGUAUCGUAUGAAAAAACAUCUUGUGAAUGCCCGACCUGAUCAUGGUGCAACCCAUGCAAACAUUGCUGCACUCAAGCAGUUCCCAUUCGAGCAGACUGGUAUGCAUGUUAUACUACUCGCCGAAGCGUUCACGAAUAUGAGCAGGCAUUGCAUUGUGCCCACUAUUGGGCUGUUCGAUAACGCGGCAUGUGCUGCUUCUAGACACGGACAACAUCGUCGUGUAUAUGGCCAUGACGAACUCUAUGGCUCCGUCAGUCUUUCGCGACAUGGCACCCCUCGGGCAGCCCAGACCCUUAAAGCAUUGAUAAAGGCACUUAGUAGCUCGCGGUGUUCUAUCAGUGGGCUCUCGCUUGAUCUAGAGUGGACCCCUCUUGCACGACAAGCGCUCAGUCGUCAUCCUGGGCUUCUUGAAGCGGUUCAAGAGUUUGUGAUAUCGGAUUCAGGUCGUCUCAAAUCUGGAAUAGAUCUGAUCUUGAGGCUUCUUGAGAGCACCGAGAUACCUCUCGUAUCACACGUUCUCGAGGUCCGCAAUCAAACCCGGACUCUACGCUUAGAAAAGCUAUCCAUCGAAGACUUCGAGGACACGAAUAUGCCACAACUCGAUCAAGAGACUUUCGGCUUGAUCACCAGUGCUUUGUAUCAUGAUCAGUUUCGGGGGAUAACAGUCCAGGACUGCCAAAUUGGCGCGUCUUUCACCAGACUGGUGAGGGCACAUUCAAAGAGCUUGCGACAUCUGGACAUACGUAACUCAGACUUCUAUGACGACAAAUUCGAAGGAAUUAUCGACCUGCUUGCCGUCAUCAGGGAUGAGCUGAUACUAGAGUCGAUGAGCUUAUGCGGACUCCGUUACUUGAACAGUUAUAUCAGUUUUCACGUAGUGGAAGAAGAACUUCUGAUGCUGAGUCCAGAACAUGCGUCUACCACAGUCGACGAUCUCAUUAAGAAAGCUCAGGCAGAGUAUAGGGAGAAUACAAGAAUAGGAAGGGCUUGGAAUGAUGAAUCCGAAUUGGCCGAAAAUCAUCCAAGCUGA